UCUGUACGGUGUAUUCCCAUUUUAUUAUCACGGGAAGAUAUUACAUUACUAAUACACGACUGUGAUGUGAUGUGAGGAACAAAUACGAAUUCUUUUGCAGAAGAUCUUAACUCGCCAUUAUAUAUAUGCGAUAAUGUUAUCGACUUUCAUCCAAAAUUUGCAUGAUGCGUUAUUCGUUUUCAACUGUCGUCAAUAUUUGACUAUUUAAAGCUGAUACCUGUCUUAGUUUCGUGCAAGAAAUUUAAUACUAAAGUUGCCUAUUAACCCUAAUCUAUCUCUUACACUCUGCCGCUGGCCGGUGUCGCCGCUCGCUCUGGUUUGAUAUUUUAUCGGUUCGCCCUUCGUUUUUCUUUUUAACAGAGCUCUCCGGUUUGAACUGAACUGGUGGAUAGACGAACUGAACUGAACUGAACUGUACCUACGGAGUACCACCUCAGCCUUUUUUCACUCCUGUUCGAAUUGAUAUAUCCAGUCGCCGCCACCACCGGCCUCUUUUGAGGUAUCAGAGAAGGGGUGAGAGUUAAAGCUUACUCUGCUUUCAGUUCAUCAUGGGAAAUGGUUCAGUAUAAACAGGAUCAUACAGUGGGUUGCUUACUCUGUUAUGCUUUUGUUUUCCCUGUUAUGCAUUACUCAUGCGUUGAAGAAAACAAAAUAUCUGGAUUUUGAUAUCUAUUGGAAGAAAUUUGAGGAAAAGUACCAUUUCUCUUGCCAAUGUACUGCUGACCUAAUCACCAUGAACAAUGCAGAUUUUAUCAUCACAAGUAUAUAUCUAGAGAUUAUAGGAAGGUCUUGGCAAAACUACUUAGAUUGGACAGAGGCAGAGGCAAACACAGGUGAAACACCGAUUCUAACCUGGGAUUUCUGAGUUAAAACUAUGCGAGUGAAGGUUUGCUGCUAGUUAAUGAUUUAGUACAAGUCCAAUUAAAGUGAAGAGCCAAGAUCAAUUUGAACAUCCUUUAUUUCUGAAUUUUUGUUAAGGGUGCGGGCGCAAACGCUGUCUCCGUCCCCCUGAUAGUCCUUGUUUCUGAAUCCAUCUGAAUCAACCAGUUAUGGGUUUGGAAGGGAAAGCAGUAAAUGAAGAAGUAGCAGAUACACAAGUGCCACGAUGGUCCUUUCUCAGGUACAACUCACCCCUGGUGCAGGUUAGCAUGACUGGGCUAGUAUGCUUCUGCUGUCCAGGUAUGUUCAAUGCCCUCUCUGGCAUGGGAGGUGGUGGUCAAGUGGACCCUACAGCUGCCAACAAUGCCAACACAGCCCUCUACACUACCUUUGCCGUCUUCGGCAUUCUUGGCGGUGGAAUUUAUAACAUCCUCGGGCCCCAUCUCACUCUCUUCUCUGGAUGCUGCACUUAUGUCCUCUAUGCUGGUUCUUUCCUCUACUACAACCAUCACAAAGACCAGACCUUUGCCAUUGUUGCCGGUGCCUUUCUUGGUGUUGGUGCUGGCCUCCUGUGGGCUGGCCAGGGUGCUAUCAUGACAUCUUAUCCUCCUCCAGCACGAAAGGGCACCUAUAUCUCACUCUUCUGGAGCAUCUUCAACAUGGGCGGGGUCAUAGGUGGGUUGGUUCCAUUUAUCCUCAAUUACCACCGCAUUGAAGCUGCUACUGUCAAUGACUCCACUUAUAUUGUCUUCAUGUGCUUCAUGUCUGCUGGUGCUAUCCUCUCUUUGGCAAUCUUGCCACCCAGUCGUGUCAUUCGCGAUGAUGGCACCAAGUGUACUAGCAUUAGGUACUCUAAUGUCUCCACUGAGGCCAUUGAAAUUCUCAAGUUAUUCCUGAAUUGGAAGAUGAUCCUCAUAGUUCCAGCCGCCUGGGCUAGCAACUUCUUCUACAGCUACCAAUUUAAUAAUGUGAAUGGGGCUCUGUUUAAUCUGAGGACCAGGGGUUUGAACAACGUAUUCUAUUGGGGAGCCCAGAUGUUGGGAUCGAUAGGUAUUGGUUAUAUCUUGGAUUUUAGUUUCCAGAGUCGGAGGAUUAGGGGGUUCGUCGGGGUUGGGAUUGUUGCUCUGCUUGGGACCGCUAUUUGGGGUGGUGGGCUUGCCAAGCAGUUGACAUAUUCUCGCCACAAUCUCCCUGCAAAAUUAGACUUCAAGAACUCAGGAGUGGAUUAUGCUGGGCCGUUUGUGUUGUAUUUCAGCUAUGGCUUGUUGGAUGCCGUGUUCCAGAGCUUGGUUUAUUGGGUGAUUGGAUCCUUGGCUGACGAUUCUGAGACACUUAGCAGGUACAGUGGUUUUUACAAGGGAGUGCAAAGCGCAGGAGCCGCUGUUGCUUGGCAGGUUGAUACUCACAACGUCCCCUUCUUGUCCCAGUUGAUUGUGAAUUGGUCUCUUACUACUUUAAGCUAUCCGUUGCUGUUGUUGCUAAUCAUGUUGGCAGUAAAGGACAGCAACAAAGCUAAGGAGGGAAUCACUGAGGAUGCUGUUCGACCUUCACUUCCACUUGCUGUUGAACGUGCUUAAUAAGUCCACCCAAUAAAUCCCAUACAUCUCUUUUUUUUUUUUCCUUCAUUUUUUAGCCCUUUGGCAGAAAUUCUUGUAGGAAAGAAGCAAUUAAUUCUCAGAGCUAUGCAUACAAUUUUUUUUUUUUUUUUUGUGUUUCUGAUUAAGAUUGGAAACCUAAUCCACAUCAUGUAUUUAUAAUUUAAUGCAUUUACUAAUAUUUGUUCCAUGUUGAUUCAAGAUUUCAAUUAAUCA